GCGCGCCCCACCCAGGCGGAGGGGACGAUUUUCAGCUGGAGGUGGUGGAGGGACAGCUAGGAUUCGACGCCACUCAGGGGUGCGGGGAGCUGGAGGAGAGCGGGAAAUCCGGAGAUCGGAGUCAGGGCCGUGUGGGCGCGAGCGGCGGGAGGCGCCGAGGGGUCCGCGGGGUUCCUGGGUGUCUCCGCCGUGCCCUGUCCUGUGGCCGCCCGCGGUCCCCCGGGCUCCGCCCAGCCGCGGAGCCCAGCCUCUCUCUGGCCGGGUCUCCUCCCUAAGGUGCGGGUGGCAGCGCCACUCCCUCCUCUCCCUCCCCAGCCGCGCGCGUCUCAUUCCAGCGCCCAUUCCGCGCAUUCCUGCCGGGCUCCUCUGCAAACUCUGGCCCCGGGGGUGGGGACCGCCUCAGCUCCGCGCUCGGGCCCCGCAGCCGUCGCCGCGGCUGGAAGACUUGGCGCCCCGAGUGGACCUGCUGCAGCCGGCCGAGCGCUCCCACCCCGCCUCCCGAACCCUGGGACCGGUCCAACGGGUGCUCCUCCAAGCCGAGCCUUGGAGGGCAAGGCCGGCACCAUUACCUCCAACGAGUGGAGCUCUCCCGACUCCCCCGAGGGGAGCAGCAUCUCUGGGGGCAGCCAGGCACUGGACAAGCCCAUCGACAAUGAUGCAGAGGGUGUGUGGAGCCCUGAUAUUGAGCAAAGCUUCCAGGAGGCACUGGCCAUUUACCCACCCUGCGGCCGCCGCAAAAUCAUCCUGUCGGACGAAGGCAAGAUGUAUGGUCGGAAUGAGCUGAUUGCACGCUACAUCAAGCUCCGAACAGGGAAGACGCGCACGAGGAAGCAGGUCUCCAGCCACAUCCAGGUGCUUGCCCGUCGAAAAGCCCGGGAGAUCCAGGCCAAACUCAAGGACCAGGCAGCUAAGAACAAGGCCCUGCAGAGCAUGGCUGCCAUGUCGUCCGCCCAGAUCGUCUCGGCCACAGCUUUCCACAGUAAAAUGGCUCUUGCCCGGGGCCCUGGCUACCCAGCAAUCUCGGGGUUUUGGCAAGGAGCUUUGCCAGGCCAACCUGGAACAUCCCACGAUGUGAAACCUUUCUCUCAAAAUACCUACACUGUCCAGCCUCCGCUGCCUCUGCCAGGCUUUGAGUCUCCGGCAGGACCCACCCCAUCACCCUCUGCACCGCCUGCUGCUCCGUGGCAAGGCCGCAGCAUAGCCAGCUCCAAGCUCUGGAUGUUGGAAUUCUCUGCUUUCCUGGAGCGCCAGCAAGAUCCAGACACAUACAGCAAACACCUGUUCGUGCACAUCAGCCAGUCAAGCCCAAGCUACAGUGACCCCUACCUCGAAACUGUGGACAUCCGCCAGAUCUAUGACAAGUUCCCAGAGAAGAAGGGGGGCCUCAAGGAGCUAUUUGAACGGGGGCCCUCUAAUGCCUUCUUCCUUGUGAAGUUCUGGGCAGACCUCAAUACCAACAUCGAUGAUGAGGGCAGCGCCUUCUAUGGGGUAUCCAGCCAGUAUGAGAGCCCGGAGAACAUGAUUAUUACCUGCUCUACUAAGGUCUGCUCAUUUGGCAAGCAAGUGGUGGAGAAAGUUGAGACAGAGUAUGCUCGCUAUGAGAAUGGCCAUUAUUUGUACCGCAUUCACCGGUCCCCUCUCUGUGAGUACAUGAUCAACUUUAUUCACAAGCUGAAGCACUUGCCUGAGAAGUACAUGAUGAACAGCGUGCUGGAGAACUUCACCAUCCUACAGGUAGUCACCAACCGAGACACACAGGAGACCUUGUUGUGUAUUGCAUAUGUCUUCGAAGUUUCAGCCAGCGAACACGGAGCUCAGCACCACAUCUACCGACUUGUGAAAGAAUGAGAGACUUGGAGAGCGAUGGUGGGGGGACAAGUCCAGAAAACGGGGACCUGGGAGGGAACCUUCAGGGACAGCCCCCGGGAGUGCCAAGAGAGCCAAGCAGAGUUACCAGUUCUCUCCUUACCAGGAGCAAACUGCCUGAUCUUGCAGUGCUCAGCCCCUAAUAAACCCAAGGUGUCAAGUAUUUUCAGAGGAGCUGGUAUGGCCUGUAUGAGCCCAGAAGGGCAAGGGAGAAGGGGGCACCAGGAGGCAAGCUGGAAGCAAUGGCCACAGGUGCUCCAGGAUGGCCAAGGAACCAGUGGAUUCAGCCAGGCAUAUCACCAAGACACCAAAGCGCAAGACCCAGUGGUUCCUUCUCGGCUGCUGGAACCCUGCACCCCGCUCCUGGUCACACUAGUGGCCUGAGGACAGAUGGCACCUGGGUCACACACCCAGAGAUGCUGUGCAUGACUUUGUGUACACUGUCGGUCCUGCCAUUGAUGCCUGAGAAUGGCUACUGCAGAAGGCCCCAUCCCUGCAAACGGGGCUGGAUUUAGGUGUGGCUGCAACAUAGUUUUUGGAGGGAGACUGGGUAAGAGCUACUCAGGUGGCUUUGUUUCUAAUGCAGUGGCCCUGCAGGGCGCAGGGGCUCCAGACUGAAGCAAGGCUUGGAGGUAGGGCAUCCUGCUUCAGGGCCAGCAUUUCCAGCUGCCUGACCUCCACAGGCUCCUCAGCUUCUCUAUUAGUCCCGUUUCUUCUCUGCUCAACACUGACGAGGGGAGGAUGUCUGUAAAGUACCCGGGUUUUGCGGUGCCAGUUAAAUAAUCUAGCCCUCAGCUCCUUGCUUCUCUCCCUCUGGAGGUCCUGGAUCUGUCUCUCUGCUGCCCUCUCAAGGCUUUCUGGUGUCUGCUUCCCCAGUUGGAGCCAGUUCUAGUAGUCUGGAGCCUCAGGAAGAAAGAUACAACUUGGGCAUGUUUGUGUGUGCCCAGGACUCAGGGAUGCAUCUGUGAGGAUGCAGAAAUGGGCAGGGCAGCAUUGUGGGGAUGCUACAGAGGUGAGGGACAAGGGCUCUGGAGUCAGUCUAGCCUGACUUUGGUGUGCAACCUUUUCAAAAAGAAAUGUUGUGGUGCCUCAGUUUCCCCAUAUGUAAAAUGGGUAUAACAUUCACCUACCUCGUGUAUGGAUAGUGCCUCACACAGUGCUGAGCACAUCCACAUGUUCAAUAAAUAUGCAUCGGUACUAACCAUGGGAACUUCACCUCCAGCUAAGGAUCCUGGCUGGAGGUGCACUAUAUGCACUAGGGUGGGGCGGUCCCUACAGUAACUGCUUGUCACAGAGAGGAGGAUUCCGAGGGUCUCAGGGAAGAGGCAGUCCUUGAGCGAGCAGGUUAUGAGAAGAAGGUGGCUAAUAUUUAUUGAUGUUAUUUCUGUGGUUUUUGGUGUUGGGGCCAGGGUUUGACACAGGCUAAGUGAACAUGCCAGAAGUAUGCAAAUAAGCAUAUGGAGGGAGGUUGGCUACCUCUCAGAUGAGGGAGAUGGACGAGCCACCCAGUCUUUCUGUCGCUCCAAACUCCUUUAACUUGUAUCCCCUCUCUUUAACUCAAACCAAUUUAACCCAUAUCCUGUUCCCCACCAGGUUAGGAUGGUGGCUAGACCCAGGCCUCCUCGCUUCCUACUGCACUGCUCUCAAACAAGGUCAGGGUCCCAGAAAGACUACUGCACCCCUGGCCUUGUGACCAGGAUUCACCAGUCCACAUGCAAGCCUAUGUUUGCAGCUCCUUGCCCCAAACCUAGCCCUGGCCCCCUCCCCCACUUAUGCUGCCUGAAAGCCCCCAGCCUCAGACAUUUCAGACUUCUAUGUAGUCAGCCUUUUGGAACAUGAAGGGUAUAACUUUUCCUACUGGAAGCAGGUCAGUCCGGAUGUUGGGUGCCAAUGUGGGCCAUAAGUUUUUCCUGUGUUAACUGACCUCAGUGCCCUAAUGGAACGUCACCAUAGACGAUUGUCUCACUGCCUCUCCAUUCAAGUCAGCAUGGCACUUGACUUAGGGCACCUCCCUUAUCCCACCAAGCUAGCACGAUGCUGAAACCAUUUUUAAGAUGAGGUCUUCCUCUCUUGCCUGGGCUAUUGUCUCCAAUGAUCCUCAUGCCUCAGCUUCCCGAGAAGCUGGGACUACGGGCGCUCCCCACUGUGCCCUGCCAUCCUAUUUUAAAGACUGAGAAAGCAAGGCCCAGAGAGCUUUGGCAAGUUGCUUGGGUUGUUGGCGUAUUUUUUCAUUUGCUUUGUGAGUGCUUGUUUGACUUCUGAGAUGUGGCAGACUCUGGGAAUGUGUUCAUGAGCAGAACAGAUGGGGUGGCUAGGAGCUUACUUUGGACUGAGGCGGGUGAGGGGGUGGUGUGUGACUGGAAGCAAGUUAAGGAGACUUGUAGGUAGUGGGAAAUGCUGGGGGGCGGGGUGCCCAAGGUUAGCUUCACUUUAAGGGAGGCUUCAGAAGCCCGCCUCUGCACUGACCUCUGUACCAUAGACACGUGGAUCUGAAGGAACAUUCCAAAGGGAGAAUGGAGAGGCCUGGAGACAGGGAGGGGAUGGGCGUGCCCCAGGGGUGUGCUGAUGGACAGAGAUUGGACAUACCCCAGUAGGAAGGCAGGCAAUUCAGUCCUGCGUCUACUGCACUCCGUGGGUGGAUGUGGACUUUGGAAUGCUCUCAGGAUGGUAGCAAGGCCUGGAGGUGUUAAGCAAGGGAAUCCAUUCCUUUGAAGCUAUUUUUAGAAGCGAGCUCUAGAGCAUUUGUUUGGUACAGAGGAGCAGGUGGAACUGUGGCCCCUGAGCCUACCCAGCUUGUUCCUGGGUGUCUGGGGAUGGGAGCUGUCUUCUGGGUCCUGUCUCACAGGCAGCCAGGUGAAAGGCAAGAGCCAGGCAUGGCCACCCGUUUCACUGGGCCUGUGAGAUGAGCAGGAGUCCCCAAAGUCCUGGGGAUAGAGAGCCCUCCAUCCUGGGAGUGGAAACCUUCUGGGGUGUUAUCUAGUUAGUCCGCAGUAGGGACAGGUGAAAGGCCUUCUGCCUCACAGGGUCUGACACUGAUGGAGCAGAUUGUGCCAACAAAGUGUCACAGGAAUGGGAAGAAUGUGCCCUGACCCCCACCCCCACCCCCCCAAAAAAAACCCAUAAAAACAAAAUCCAAACAAAUGAAUAAACACACACGCACAUGCACACAGAGAGAGAGAGAGGGAGAGAGAGACAGAGACAGACAGAGACAGAGAGAGACAGAGAGAGAGAGAGAGAAAGGGAAGGAGGGAGCGCUUAUCAAUGUAUAUGUGCAAGUGGCCAUGUCCUAGACCUUUUCGGUAGGCCUUGUGUCCCUAGUCUUUGUCACACCCAGUCUUUCCCAGGCUGGGGACAGAGUCAGGUGGCAGAGAUUGGAGGACUGAGGGAAGGCAGCGAUAGGAGGGAGCUCCUGAGACCCUGGGCCUCCUCUCUGGCCACACAGGCACAGAAGAGAAACAGCAGAACAGUAGGAGCAUCCCCUCAGGGUUUCUACCCAGUGGCCACCUGGGUCUGACGCCUGCCGAAAACCUGUUAGAGCUAUGGUAGCAGGGGUCAGUGGCACCUUGGAUAACUUAUCUAACAGGUCAGAAAGAAAACUACCUUUCCCCCACAAAGACUUGACUCUGUGUAGAAUGUAGCUAACUGGUAUGCCCAGCCAGGUGCCUGGCUGCACAGCUGUAAUCCCCUCUGCCCUCCAUCCCCCAACCCCCAGGAGAAGAACGACACUAUCAUGGAUUACACAGUGAAGCCUAAUCUCUGAAAUAAAUCUCUUUAAAAGUAUCUGGAACUUGGCUUUUGUAUAUACUCUUAGUCAAUUGGAAAGAGCACAGGUAUGCGUGUACCGUCCUAGAGAGCCCAGGCCAAGGGAAUGGCAGCUUUUUUUUUUACACUCACAGAUGUCUAAUAUUCAAUUUUAAGGUUUUUGUAUUUUUUUCUAUGUAAGCCCCCUUCAUCUCUUCAAAUCUUCAGUAAAGUCUGCUACAAA